CACGGUCGAGCGUGCGGACUAAGGGAAUCGGGCGUCGCGACGCUUCACGGGAGCGCCUCGAACUAAAACUCCGGAGCGCUUAAAUGCUUUCAGUGUUGAAUCCGCGAUCGACGCGAACGUACACGUGCAAUCGUAACGCACUGUGCGGGUACUAUAUAUAUAGAUAUAUACAUAUAUAUAUACAAUUUACGUAUUUGGAAAGUACGGUCUUUCUAGUCUCGGCAACUUUUCCUUUUCAUCCCCCAAUAUUAAACCUCCACCCCCCCCCCCGAAAAAAAAUCGGGCAAAUGAAAUAUUUUUUUUUGUAAAAAUUAAUUUUUUAUUUUAUUUUUACAUUAAAAUAUUUAUUGAUACUUGAUUUUUAUUAAUCGAGAAAAAGGAUAUUAGAAAAAUGGUUUGAGAACGUGUGUGUUUAAUUUUUUUAAAUAAAAAUUUAAACAUAAUACUCAGCUCAUCUAUAUAAAAAAAAGUAUUCGUGAAUCGAGUGAUGGGUGAUCAGCGUGUACCACAAAGAUCAAAGUGGCGCGUGGAUAAAGCAUUAAAGUGACUUAAAAAAAAAGUGCAAGGAAGAAAAAAAGGGCGAGAUUAAAGUGACAAAGUGCUUAACGCGCUGGCGUCGAAGCUCCGAAGGAAGAAUUCAAAAAAGAAAAAAGAAAGUUAAUCUAGGCAAGGUGAAAAGAUGAGGUGUCUUCCGAUCGUUGUCUUCAUCGCCCUACUCACCAACGUCAGCACACAAGGAAAUCAACGUUCAUUUUCUUCUAGGCCUUUACGUGGAGGACCACCACAAAUAGCCAGGGCGGUUCUUCAGGGAACUGCAGAGCUACCUUGCGACAUACGACCACCAAAGCAAAAUGAUUCUGCCACCCUUGUUGUCUGGUACAAGAAUGACAUCACACCAAUUUACAGUUUUGACAUGAGAGGGAAACAUACGGAGAAGAAAAGUCCCCAUUGGAAGGAGGAAUAUCUCAAGGAUCGUGCAUAUUUUCGAACUGCAACCGAACCAGCGACUUUGAAUAUUAAUCAUAUCGACGACAAGGACGAGGGCGAAUACAGAUGUAGGGUAGAUUUCACUAAAAGUCCCACGAGAAAUUCCCGAAUUCAACUUGUAAUUAUAGUUCCACCUCAUAAACCGAACAUCAUAGACGAAUAUGGAAAAACAGUGCCAACUGUCGCUGGACCAUAUCAAGAAGGCGGAAAUAUGGAACUCAAGUGUCUUGUUUCCGGUGGUCGACCACCUCCCACAGUCAGAUGGUGGCGGGGUGAAGUGUUAUUGGAUUCUAAGGACAGUCCUGGCGAAUUCCCUGAUCUCCGUCGAAACACACUUCUCAUCCCAAAACUCUCCAGGCAGGAUCUACAUGCUGUGUUUACAUGUCAGGCAUCCAAUAAUAACAUCAGCCAACCGGUAUCUGCUUCCAUUGCCAUUGAGAUGCAUCUACGACCACUGACCGUGACAAUUCUCAGCAGUGAACACGCACCUCUUAGCGCUGACCGGAAAUACGAUAUCACCUGUAUGACUGUUGGUUCAAGACCUGCGGCAAAACUCACCUGGUUCUUGGAUGGCAAAAGUCUCGAGAAUUACACGGAAAAGAUUUCGGACGAUGGAAACUUGACCACCUCAAUAUUAACUUUCAAGCCAACUUUACUGGACCACGACAAGGUUCUCACGUGUCGCGCAACCAAUUCAAAAGUUCAUAAUGGAGCUGAGGAAGACUCUUGGAAAUUAAACGUUUUUUUUAUUCCAAUUUUACAUCUUGAACUGGGUUCGAAAUUAAAUCCAGAUGACAUUGAAGAAGGUGAUGAUGUCUAUUUUGAGUGCAAGGUUCAUGCUAACCCUUGGGCUUAUAAAGUCAUUUGGAAACACAAUGGCAACGUGAUACAGAAUGACGUGAAAAAUGGAGUCAUUGUUCAACAGUACAAUCUUGUAUUGAGACACGUAAAUCGUUCUCAAACCGGAAACUAUUCCUGCGUGGCCAGCAAUGUCGAGGGCGAUGGCUACAGUCAGAGUAUCGAGAUCAAAAUAAUGUAUAAGCCAAUUUGCGUGCCAGGACAACAAUGGGUGUACGGCGUCGCACGACAUGAAGACGCAAAGGUCAUUUGUAAAGUAGAGGCAUACCCACCGCCCAAUAAUUUCCGUUGGACAUUCAACAAUACCGAAGAAAUGGUCGACGUGCCACAAGCUCGCUAUCAAAAUUCAACUCGUCAUUCCCAAAGUGUCCUCACUUACAGGCCCGUUAAUGAAAUGGAUUACGGAACCGUUUUCUGUUGGGCGAGCAAUACAAAAGGACAACAAAAAACAGCAUGCGUCUUUCACAUUAUCCCCGUUGGAAAGCCUGACGCUCCACAUAACUGCACAUUGACGAAUCAAACAACAGUUUCCCUCUCUGUUGAAUGUAUCGCCGGUUUUAAUGGCGGUCAAGAACAAAGCUUCGUUUUGGAGGUGUACGAUCAACAAACUGGUGCACUUCAAGCAAACGUCACAUCAAGAGAGAAUGCCACACUUACUGUAAAGGGUUUAGAGCCGGGAAAAGUUUUGAAAAUGGUUCUAUACGCAAUGAAUGGCAAGGGACGAAGUGAAUCAACAUUACUCGAGGGUUUUACACUCAAAGUUGCCGAAAAACAAACUGUACGCGUUUUGUUCACAGGCACACCUGUGCCCUUUGAGAUAACACCAUUACUGGGAAUACUCAUUGGGGUUGUGACCGCGCUUCUGUUGGUCACUGUGACGAUAUUGGCUGCCCUCAAAGUCAGAAGCGAGAGACGAGCUCAAAGACCGGGCGAUCUGCCUCUUAAAAAAGCCACAGUGCCAAGCUCUGAGGACCUCUAUGAUGCUGAUGACAGAAAUCCGGAUGUCGUACCCACUAACAAAGAUUCGGAUUAUCAGCUAACUGGGUCUACAGCGGGAACUCCAUUAGCCACUCAAAAUACUCCAGAUGGGCUUCCAGCAACUUCACUUCCAGUCCAGCAAACUAAUCAUCUGCAGAGCUUACCUGCUUAUACGCACAACGAAUACAAUAAUUAUCCCACGUUACCGUUAAGUGGCGAGGUGACGUACGCGGAACUUUGCCUGCCAAGACCAACGACCCUGUCGACAGCGCCCGAGACAAAAUUAUCGAGCAUCAAUAGUGUGGGCGCCCUCGGCAGUCUCACGGGUUAUGGAAGUGGUCUGGGUGUAAUUGUGGGUGGUAAGCCUUACGCGAAAGAGGCGACAGUUUACGCCUGUAUAGAUCACAAUGCAAGGCCGCCGAAAAUCGAUUUUCCCAUUACACCAUUGACCAGUGUCACGCCAGUUAGAUCGAAUGUCCUCCAAGAAUCGGCCAUUUCCGGGAAGCAACAACAUCAUCCAAGGGAGGUAGUUACGGUUCGUACACCAUUAAUUUCCACUCAAGAAAGUUGCGUAUAGGGUCGGGAUUCCGACGCGCUCAACGUCAAUGAAUACUACGUCUGAUAGUCGCGUCGAAUCGAUUACGCGUUUAAAAAAAAACUUAUUAACAAAAAAGUGAAUAAUUAAAAAAAUGCCUAACAACCUCUCAAAAAAAAGGCCUGGAAAAAAACUUCUAAAUAUCCCGUGAAUUAAUUAUUAUUCAGUGACACUUCUUUUUUCACAAUUUCGAGAUACGCUGGAACGUACUCGACGACAUUUUUCUUCACAGUAGAUUUUAAAAAAAUAUUUCUACAAGAAGAAAUUAACUAAAAUCUAUUAAAGUUCCACGGAAAUUUCUUUUCCAAAACGAUUUUUAAUAAACUAAAAUGUUUGCACGGGAAUGAAAUUCAUUUUUAGAAAUAAAUUGACGUUUGCCUACUAAUCAAACAAAAUUUUUUGAUUAGUAAAGUAAAACGAACUUCGAGUGGAUGAAAUCUAAAAAAUAUUUCAAAAAAAAAAAAAAAAUUAUGCAGAAAGCAUAACUUUUUCCUCCCCUCCCCAAAAAAGGAGAAAUUAAAUUCAAAUGCUCUUGAUUAAUAAAAAUGUAUUCAAUUUACCGUAUGAACGCACAAUUUUUAUCAAGUUUUACGCGUUUGAUAUUCGUUUCCCGAGUAAAAAAAAUUUUUUUUUUUAUUUCCGACUUCUAUUUUCAAUCCACUCUUGAAUAUUUGCGGAGGUCGAACUCAUUGCCUUCGGUAGACAAAGAAAAAACUGAAAUAAAAAAAAAAUUGAAAAUUGUAAAUAAUGUAAAUAAAAGCAACGAGAUUAGAUAUAUUCUAUUGUGAGAGAUUAAAUGACUCCCUUUCUGCACAACCAGGUAAAUGCAAAAGUGGGCCAAAAGAAAAAUAAAUUCCCCCCUCUGGGAUUUGAAUUCAUAAUUCGCCAUCCAGCUGAAAAAGUUCUAUAGAAUAUCACUAGAAUCAUUCUAUAUGAAUUCUAGUGAAUAUUCUGUAAAAUUUCACUAGAAUGAUUUUAUAGAAU